CCUUGGCGGGAUUCGAACCCGCGACCCCCUUGUGUAGUGACCAUGUCACUUACCACUACACCAGACGGACGCAUUAGAAUGCUUUACGAUUAUAUUUUUUUUACUAAAAACGGAAUGAGUGUACUUACAUAAUCGGGACCGGGUUACUAUGAAAUUUGUGUUGUCUCCGUACUCCAACGACGAACUAGCCAAUUAUUCUUUAAUACAUUGGCUUAGGCACACGAGCAAGUGAUGUAUAUUGGUAAUACAAACACAUCUAUAUUUUCUAUAAAGCAACCACUGGUCUAAAUUUAAUAAAAUAGUUUAAAAUUACAAUUUUAUGAAUCGAGCGGUAAUGGGUGCCGAUUUUAAGGGGUCGUUAUUAGGUGCGUUUACGUUAUAUGUUUUUUUAAAAUUUGAAUUACACUAGUACCAUUCGUUUCCAUAUUCAGUCAGCCAUAUUCUUAUGUAGUCUUUAUACGAGACCAGCCUGGAAGAAUUACCGGAAGUUAAAUUACUUCGUGGUAAGGGGCUAGUUUACAUUUAAACGGAUUCUUUAGUAGUGAUUGGCAAACGAGCGUACGGCCCACCUGAUGAUAAGUAGUUACCGUCGCCCAUGGACCACAGCAAUGCCAGGGGCAGAGCCAAGUCGCUGUCUAUCAUACAUCUGUCUACUUUAAAGCAUCAGUCGAUAACGGUUGUUUUACUUUAUUAUCAUUGAAACUUCCAUCCUUUGUCUCAACGCAAAAGGCAGCAUUCACCUCAUGAUGGAUUCCAGCUUUGUGUUUAUAAAUUGCACUACACAAUCUCUUCGGUGAAUGUUAUAAAAGGCUACUGAGGGAGUCACUGGUUAAUAGGCAGCAGCGUAACUUGAACAUUAUACCACCAUGAUGCGAUGGCGGACAUUUACUUAUUGUAGAACAUAUCGUAAUAUUCGGCUAGUGGACCUUUGUGGGCUGAAAGAGAGAGAGGGGUAGCGAGACACAGGUAAAUACCACCAUCCUAUUGCUUGAAUCCUGCGUUUGCGUUAUUUCCAACCAAUUUUAAGUAGAAAAAGAGAAGGCUCUCAAUUCGUUCGUCAUAUAAGUAGAUUAGUACUAAAUUCGUUUUUUUUUAAAUUUAGCUGACACCACAAUUUUUAUUAUCUCAUCGCCACGUGGGAAUAUAUUUGUAUUACGUACCUAUGUAUUUGUAUAUAUUGUAUUACGUAUGUAUACGCUCUAAAUGUGCUUACGUAUUGUUGCUUCUUGGCUAGUCCCAGUUUAUUGAUGAACACAACGACGUCAUGCUAAAGGAAACUUGAACAAAAUAAUGAACGAUAAAACAUUACAUAUAAAGUCAUAUUCAGUGACUUCCUUCAUUCAGUAACACAAGAGUAAUACUAGCCGAUACAGGUUUAUUUACUAAUUUACGCUCUUCAAACAGUGUAAUACUUUAACAGUACGAAUACAUAAAGCCGUUGAGGUGUUCAAAAUGGCCGCUUGUUUAUAUUGUUUCUUUCUAAUGAUCGUUUUAUACAUUAACGGAGUGACCGGCAGCUGGUUCGCGAACGACGCUGCUGUUAAUAUCGAUGAAGACGUACUAGAUAUUCAAAGUGAAACAAUAGCAAGGAAGAAGUUCGACUUCAUAUUUCCUGGUACAAAAUGGUGCGGUAAAGGGGACAUAGCGAAGAACUACGAGGACCUGGGCUCAGCGCGCGAGACUGACAUGUGCUGUCGGGAGCACGACCACUGCACUGACCUCAUACUCGCCGGGGAGACCAAGCACGGCCUCACCAACGAUGCCUUCUACACCAGGUUGAACUGUAAAUGUGACGAGACAUUCCGGCUGUGUCUGAACAAAGCUAACACGAAGACGUCGCGCAGAAUCGGCAAGAUAUACUUCAACGCGCUCGGCACUAAGUGCUACAGACGAGACUACCCUGUCGUAGGCUGCAACACUUACGGAGGAUUGUUCAGAAAGAAAUGUUUGGAGUACGAUUACGAUACGAGGAGCGAACAGAUCUACCAGUGGUUCGACGUCAGGAACUACGCCAACUGAUGAUCUGGACAUACUGAACACCUUCCCGGAUGCAGCCCAUAGUUAUUAUAAUAUUAAUGUGAUACUAUUGUUCCUAUAGUUUGUAAUUUUAGUUAAGAAUUAGGAAGUAUUUUAAAUUAACCAACUGAUUUGAUAAUAUCAUAUGUAGGUAAUUAAUAAAUAUUGUUUUUUUAAAGGAAGAUAUCAAUCAGCUGUAAACUAUUGUUUAACUUUGAUUUAAAAUAAUUUCCAUACAUUUCUUUAUUGUAGUGUAAUGCAAAAAUGUUGUAACCUCUGAUUAAUGACGUAAUUUAUUAAAAAAAAUAAUAGAAAUAAAUGAAAUUUAUUAAAA